UCCCAGAAUCAUGAAUCCACCAUGAUUGAGCCUUGCUGUGAGCCUGAUUCGUCUGCAUCAUGUCCGCUUUAGCUGUCCCACCGGCGACCCCAUGCUCCACCUACAGUGGCCGCUGUGCAAGUGCAAGGUCUAGUGGGAAAUUACUGAAUUCUGAGACGAACCGAGAGCAACCGAGCCUGAUCUCACCCCGCCCGAUUGCACCGACGUCGAUUUCACCGAGCCUCCUUUCACUGAGCCUCAUUUCACCGAGCCUCGUUUCACCGAGCCUCAUUUCACCGAGCCUCAUUUCACCGAGCCUCAUUUCACCGAGCCUCAUUUCGCGCCAACCUUUUCGAAAGAGGACGUAUGCGACUCCAGGGCAGGAAAUGCGUGUUGUAGCUUCAGCUGAUAUAUUGCCAGUAGUAGCGACAAUGUCGGGGGGUGACUGUAACGGGGCCGGCAGGCUGUCGAGCCGCGGCGCGCAGCUAGCUGCUGAAGAGCCGUCGUUGUACUAUCGAGGGCUGGGAUUCGCGCGGGAAAACCCGUACGACGCGAGGACGCGGCCCGAUGGUGUUAUUCAGCUGGGCCUUGCUGAUAACAAACUCUCGCUUGACCUCAUUUCAGAUCGCCUCCAGCGUGAGAUGCCAGUCGUUGAUGCCACGUCAGCUUAUGGGGAGUUCCACGGGGACAUGCCGUUUCGCCAGGCUAUGGCCGCGUUUAUGAGUCAUGCUCUCAACCUCUCUCAGAAGAGCACACAAGAGCACACUGAAGGCCGAUUGAGUGCCUGCGACGAGGAACCAUUCAACCGCUCACAACCGCUCUCCAUCGAUCCUGACAGUCUGGUGAUCACGUCUGGAGCCACUGCAGCCGUUGGAUUGCUGGCCCACGUGCUGGCUGAUGCGGGGGAUGCGUUUGUUGUUCCCACGCCUUAUUACCCGGGCUUCACAGUGGAUCUGGAGCGCCAGGCAGGUGUCACCAUCAUCCCUGCUGCCACCUACAGUGACUCUGGAUUCGAUAUAAGCACAUCCUCGCUAGAAGCUGCUCUCAGGGAGUCUCAGGGGGAGGGGGGAGACGAGCAGGAGGAGCCGAGGCAGGGGGGAGGGGGGGCUGAGGAUGAGGGGAGGGCAGAGAGGAGUAGGGGGAGAGGGAGGAGGAGGAAGGUUCGUGGUGUGCUUCUGUCUUCACCUUCCAACCCUCUGGGCUGCACCUUUUCCAACACCACUCUUCUCAAUGUCUUGCAUUUUUGCAGGAAGAACUGUCUCCAUUUGAUCUCUGAUGAGAUCUAUGCUGGGUCGGUCUAUAACGGGGAUGGCUUCACUUCUCUUCUGCGCCUUGCGGAGCCUCGGGAUUAUCCCUUCCUGCACAUUGUAUACGGCCCCUCCAAGGACCUUGGCAUUCCCGGGUUUCGCAUCGGCGCCUGCUACUCCCUCAACCCCGCCGUCCAAUCCGCAAUCACCAAACUCGCCCGCUUCUGCUCCCCCUCUCGCCACACGCAAGCUCUCCUCGCUCCUCUACUGAGCGACUCGCUAUUCGCACAAGCCUACCUCUCAGAAAAUCAGUGCAGGCUCAGAAAAGCCUCGUCUACAGCACAAGAAGCCCUGUUACAAAUAGGUGUGAAAUGCUUACCUGGAAGCAACGCGGGAGUGUUCCUAUGGUGCGAUUUCCGACAGUUCAUAUCCCCAAAAAACAGUAUUCGAGGAGAGGAGGAUUUUUUUUUGCGGCUGCUGAGGCAAGGAGGGGUGAACAUCACACCAGGGGGUGCGUGUGGGUGCUGCGAGCCUGGGUGGUUCCGGCUGUGCUUUGCUGGUUCGCCUAAAGAGGAACUUCAGCUAGCCAUAGAUAGAAUAUCGAGAACCUUACUGCAGUCCUGAUGGUGCGGUUUGUUCCUGUGGUGAAUGUCACACCACGGGGUGCAUGUGGGUGCAGUGAAGUGCAGUGCAGUGCAGUGUGUCAUACAUAUGUGUAUAUGUUGCUUUAGGCUAGAUAGGUGCGACCUCUUAGAGAGUACAACCCCCCAGCACAGAACCACACUGUAUCUCCAAUUCU